ACAAACAAACAGAGCGAGUAGUAAGUUUGCAGCGAGGCUUUGAAAGUACUGCACUGAAGCUGUUCCGCACGAUUUGAAAAUAAUCUGCGUGUCAGUGUCGUCUUUCUUAUGCAAAGCAGCUGUCUUUGAAGGCGGAUCUUUUGGCAGGUUAGACCGGGACGGAGGCUCCGACCAGCUCAGACGAGCACAGCCACCAAACGCAUAGAGCGCCUGCACCGGGGAGUAGCGUAAAUCCUGGGUUUCUGGGCCACAUUUCAUAUCAUUGCCGAGGAUAUCCUUUUUUUAUUCACUUAUUUUAUUUAGGCUGAAUGUUUUACAAAAGGUGCUGAAGGAGAAACGUUUGUUUUUAUUCCCAUGAUUAUUUCAAGUUGUUUCUCACGGACUGAAAUCUCACUGCAGCACCCACGGAGAGCACUUAAAGCCGAUAAAGUAUCAGAAAACGUGGAGGCGGAAAGGAAACUAAAAAGCGCAUGUGGUGAUUUCAUGCACAGUGUAAGAGAGAAGUAGCAACGUGUAAUACUUCAGCCUCCAAAGUGAACGUUCGGGAGAGCAUGGACCUGACAGCGCGCUUACAGCCAGGAAACAUUGUCUCUCCAUCUGAUCAGAUUUCUCUUUUUAUUCAACCCUGCAACUUUAAACUGAGGAGAGGAUGAUGUUGCAGUGGAUAGUUAAGUAAGUUUUUCCACGCAAUACCUACUCUGUUUCAGAUGUGAUUUUGUUUUUUGUUUUUUUUAUGUGAGACACUUGUGUUUUCCUGGCUGCACUAAACAGUUGACUGCGUUUCUUAAAGUUGACAAAGGAAAAUGUGUUCAGCUGUGAAACUGAGCCUGAUCCCUGUGCUUCUGCUGCUACUUCUGCUAUGGAGCAGGGGCAGCUCCUCCAUCAGCUCUAUAGAUCCUGACUGGUCAGGAGAGGGGAGAUGUCAGCACAUCAACAUCCCUAUGUGCAAGGACAUUGGCUACAACACGACUCGCAUGCCAAACCUCAUGGGCCAUGAUGAUCAAAGAGAGGCUGCGCUGAAGCUGCAGGAGUUUGCAACACUUAUCCAGUUUGGAUGUCACAGUCACCUCAAGUUCUUCCUUUGCUCGCUGCAUGCUCCUAUGUGCACAGAGCAGGUGUCUAACCCCAUCCCAGCGUGCAGGGUUAUGUGUGAGCAGGUCAAGCAGAAGUGCUCCCCGAUCCUGGAAAAAUUUCAUUUCCCCUGGCCCGACUCUUUGGAUUGUUUGCGUCUUCCGACCAAAAAUGACCCAAACAACCUGUGCAUGGAGGCACCCAACAACGGAUCGGAUGAGCCCCCCAAAGUGUCCCACACUCAGCCUCCGGAAUUUAGGCCACAGCAGCCUCUGAGUGGGCAGGAUCUGCACCUUAAGGACAGCAGUAGCAAGCAAACAUGCAAUCCAGGAAAAUUCCACUUUGUGGAAAAAAGCCAGUCCUGUGCCCCAAAGUGCCACCUGAAAGUGGAUGUAUACUGGAGUCAGGGAGACAAACAGUUCUCCAUGGUAUGGAUGGCCAUCUGGUCCAUCCUCUGCUUUGUCUCCAGUGCCUUUACUGUACUCACUUUCCUCAUUGACCCACAAAGAUUCAAGUACCCUGAGAGGCCAAUCAUCUUUCUCUCCAUGUCCUACUGUGUUUAUUCUGUGGGCUUCCUCAUUCGCCUUUUUGUGGGAGCUGACAGAAUAGCUUGUGACAAAGACAAUGGUGUGCAGUAUAUUAUUCAGGAGGGUCUGGAGAGCACCGGCUGCACCAUUGUUUUCCUCAUCCUGUAUUAUUUUGGCAUGGCCAGCUCCCUCUGGUGGGUAAUCUUGACUCUAACUUGGUUCCUUGCUGCAGGGAAGAAGUGGGGCCACGAGGCCAUUGAGGCCAACAGCAGCUACUUCCACCUGGCAGCAUGGGCCAUCCCGGCCGUAAAGACAAUCAUGAUACUAGUGAUGAGGAAGGUGGCUGGCGACGAGCUGACGGGCAUCUGCUACGUGGGCAGUAUGGAUGUCAAAGCUCUCACGGGCUUUGUGCUUAUUCCUCUUUCCUGCUACCUCAUCAUCGGCACAUCGUUCCUGCUGUCUGGCUUUGUGGCCCUCUUCCACAUUAGGAAGAUUAUGAAAACCGAGGGGGAGAACACAGAUAAGCUUGAGAAACUGAUGGUGCGCAUCGGCGUCUUCAGCGUCCUCUACACCGUCCCUGCUACCUGCGUCAUCGCCUGCUAUUUCUACGAGAGACUCAACAUGGACUAUUGGCGCAUCCUUGCCGAGGAGCAGAAGUGUGUGGACGGCAGUGAGCCGGAGUCAGACGAAUGCGUCAUGAAGGCCUCAAUACCCGCUGUGGAGAUCUUCAUGGUGAAAAUCUUCAUGCUGUUGGUAGUGGGCAUCACGAGCGGCAUGUGGAUCUGGACCUCGAAGACACUGCAGUCGUGGCAGAACGUGUUCAGCAGGAAGCUGAAAAAGAGGACGAGGAGGAAGGCGGCCAGCGUCUUCACCAGCAGCAGGCCUUACAUUAAGCCUCACCCGUCCCUCAAAGGGCACAACACUAAGUAUGAGCCUACACGAUCGCCCCCAACAUGUGUGUGAAAAAAGCCGAAACAGACUUUUAAGCAAGACUGAUCAGAGAGCCAUUAAAAGCACAGAGGUUCAUGUUUUAUUUAUGCCUCAUGCAAUGAGAACAUACGUUUAUUAUUUUUUGUAUUUUCUGCAAUGUCACCCAACAAAAGCAACCUUUGUUUGAGAAAAAUCUGCUACUUCUUCACUCCCUUAUUCUAUUUGAGGAACUUGAAAUAACAGGAAAAAAAUACUCUUGUUCCCUGGACAAAAUGAGUGGAGUAAACCAUUUGGAUGUGCCACGACGUUACUUGAAUAAUGUGCAAUAGAUAUUUUCCUUUCUGGCUAAAAGACACUUGUACUGUUGGUGACAGAUUACAGAUAAUGUUAGAGCCCCAUUAGAAAAUGGAGGCAAAUAGUCAGAGUGCUGUUUCCAGGCUUUUUUCAUGGAAAUUCAGCCUGUGUCAUAUAUGUUUCAACUUUCACUUAAAGCAGCUGUUGAAAGGCGCUCGAGAUAUGAAACACCCUUGCCAUAAAUUAAUCAAGCACUCGAUAUAGAAAACAUAUUUGUCCACGCUAUUUUUCUGUUUGUUUUUUGUUCUUUUUUUGGCUGUUUCAUAGCACAAAUGAGUCUUUGUAUAUAUUUCUAAAAAAAAGUUGAUAUUUUAUAGAAAAAUUAAUAAAGGAAAAUCUAGUUUUAAAUGUUUGCAAAGCUGGAA